AUGGAAGCCUCGCUCAAGCUGUAUGAAGAGUCACACCUUAUUCACGCCUUCAUUGUGCCCAACUAUGCUGAGCCUGAGGGAUUAUUGCGGGACACGAUCAAGCGCUUAGCCAACCACAGGAACGCGCAAACAAACUAUGUCAUCAUCCUUGCCAUGGAAGCCUCCGAACUAGGCCAUGGUGCCAAGGCCGAAAGCCUGGCGGAGUAUUUCAAGGACAGUUUCUUGCACUUUAUUACGACGGUCCACCCAGCAGACAUCCCGGGCGAGUCGCGCGGCAAGGGUUCCAACGUGUCCUAUGCUGCCCGUGUUGGCUGCUCUGAAAUGAUCCGACGGGGCGUCGACCGACGACGCGUGAUCCUCACCAUCUCUGACUCCGAUUCAUCGAUCCCGGAGCUCUACGUCCACGAGUUGGAAAAGAGCUUCAAUCAGGCCGACGAUCCAUACUUUUUACUGUAUGCACCACCCAUCUUCUUCUCACGCAACUGCUUUGAUGUGCCUGCGGCGGUGCGGAUGACUGACAUUACGUGGUCGGCGAUGGUGAUGGCCAACCUGAGCAACAGUCGUGGCAUCGCAUUCCCCUGCUCGACGUACAGCUUGAGCAUGGUGCUUGCCGAACGCGUUGGGUUCUGGGACACGGACUCAGACUCUGUGGGCGAGGACAUGCACAUGAUGCUCAAGUGCUUCUUCAAGACGGACGGCAUGGCGCGCUGCCAACCGAUCUUUGUGCCCAUCAACCUGACGAACGUGCAGACGAACGGGUACAUGUCCAACAUGUAUGCACGCUUUGUGCAGGCCAAGCGGCACUACAAUGGCAUUGCGGACGUGUCGUACACGCUGCGCAACGCCUUUGGACUGCCAGCCACCACCAAGAGUAAGAAAAGCAGCAUGUAUGCAUCGCCGACCUUCUGGAUCGACAAGUUGAUUAUUUGCAUCAAGGUGCUCGAGGCGCACAUGAUCCCAGUCACCUCGGGCUGGCUGAUGUUUGCAGCCGUGCCGCUGAUGCAGUUUGUGCUGUUCCCACCGCAUCCGAUGGUCGCCGUCGUCGACCCCGCCGACAAUCCUAUCCUCACCUCUGACUUUUACGCGACCCUGUGGAACAUUGUGAAAAUCAUCACCGUCUUCUUGCCCUUCCCGCUCUUUGGCACCUUGGCCAUCUACGAGUACCUCCACCGCUUCGUCGAUCGCGAGCUCUACCGCAAGCAAAAGUCCGAGUCCCGCUCCUGGCGCAACUGCUUCGACUACAUCUCGUUGCCCAUCGCCGCAUGGCUCUUCAUGACCAUCCCCUCGACCAUUGCCGCUCUCAAGCGCCUCUACAAGACAAACGACCAGUACAUUGUGGCCGAAAAGUUCUUUGACGAGGAACGCGCUUAA